AUGUCUGACGGUUGUUACAAUUGUGGUCGUACUGGGCACUUUGCUCGCGAAUGUAGAAUGGGAAGCUCUGGUGGACGUGGUGGUGGCAGCGGAGGUGGAGGUGGCGGUGGAUUCCGUGGCGGUCGAUCGGGACGAUCAGAUACAUGCUACACUUGCGGACAGCCCGGACACAUUGCCCGUGAUUGUACAAGUGAACGCAGCGGUGGCGGAAGCGGUGGAUAUGGUGGUGGCCGGGGCGCAUGUUAUAACUGUGGUGGAACCGGACAUCUCGCUCGUGAUUGCACGAGUUCACAGCGCGGUGGUAGUUAUGGUGGUGGUGGCGGUGGUCGCGGAUGCUACAACUGCGGCGAUACUGGUCAUGUGGCACGUAGCUGCCCCAGUCAGAGAAAUGGAACAAGUUCUGUUCAGUGUUACAGGUGUCACCAGUAUGGUCACUUCGCACGAGAUUGUACGGAGAGUGCGGCGGCAGCAGAAGCCUAG